CUCACUUUGGAACCUCAGCGACACAAGGAAUAUAUUCUUUUCCUUUGGCCCACAGCUAUAUCCUUCAAUUUGGGCUGGUCUCCUGUUCCCUCUUGCCGUGGGCCGAAUGCGGCGUCUGCUUUAUCGAUAAGCGAGCAAUCUUUUUCCGUCCCCAAAAUUUGUCAAUGCCCCUCCUCCGUAGUUUGAUCUCCGCAGAAUACCGACUAGUUCUCGCCUAUCUCCAGAUUAUAUCACAGUAACCGCGCAGAUGGCUACUCACGCAGACUCAGUGCAUCCAGCUUGCAAGGUUGUGCUUUCUAAGAACGUUGCAAAUAGCCUCGUUGCGGAGGUCCAGGAAGGUGUCAAGACCUUGGAGAAGCCGCCUCAUCUUGUCGGAUUCCUGGCCAACGAUGAUCCUGCGGCAUUGAUGUAUGCCCAGUGGACUGAGAAGACAUGUCAAGAAAAUGGAUUCCGUUACUCUUUGCGCCAAGUGUCCCGCGACGAUAUCGAAGAUGCUAUUCUGGCUGCCAAUGCCGACUCAGACGUUGACGGCAUCAUCGUAUACUACCCCAUCUUCAAUAAUCGCCAAGAUCAGUAUCUUCAGCAGAUCGUCGACGUAUCCAAAGAUGUAGAAGGUCUCAGCCAUCGUUACAUCUUCAACAUGUAUCAGAAUAUCCGUUUCCUUGACCCUGAAACCAAGCGGCAGAAGUGCCUUCUUCCUUGCACCCCUCUGGCCAUCAUCAAGAUCCUCGAGUACCUCAACAUCUACAAUACGAUCCUACCGUACGGAAACCGGCUGUUUGGACACACUAUCUGCGUGGUGAAUCGCUCAGAGGUUGUUGGCCGGCCACUUGCGGCUCUGUUGGCGAAUGACGGAGCUUGUGUCUACAGCGUGGACAUCACCGGUGUCCAGAAGUUCACUCGUGAGGGUCUCAAAAAGCGUAGGCACGAAGUCGUGGACCUGGAAGGAAAGACAAUCAAGGAUGUAGCCCCUCUGUGCGAUGUUGUCAUCACGGGUGUUCCCAGCGAAUCGUACAAGUUCGACACAAGCCUCCUCAGAGAAGGCGCCGUCUGUGUCAACUUUUCUAGCGAGAAGAACUUCGGCCCAGAAGUAAAAGAGAAGGCAUCCAUCUUCGUUCCUUCGAUCGGCAAGGUGACUAUCGUGGUUCUGCUCCGGAACCUCUUGAGAUUGAUUCAAAACCGGAGAUUGGACGACGUUAGACCGGCUGAAGCCACCGAGCGUCCUGGAACUCUGGAGGCCGCUUCGUAAUUACAUUAUUCAACAAAAUGCGACAUGCAACGGGAGACGACAACUAACAAAGCCACAUAACAAUCAUAGAUUUCCUUUCUUGUGUUCUGUUUCAAUUCUGUUCCUCAAAAGAGACUCAACAAUGGUUGUUUUCUCGUGUAUAUGACCCGUGAUAUGAGCCUGUUCUAUGAAAAGGUCUUCAUGUCAAGCCUCUGAAACAUAUUGAAGUGACCUGCUCUCACAAAGUGUCUCCUUGUCCGAGGGAUUUGCUGCAGAGAAAGUACUCAAGAGUAUGGACUGGGAUAGUGUCCAAAUAGACGUCAUAGGAUCUUUCAUGCGC